AUUUAUCAUUAAUUGUGUGGUUGUUUAACAUCCAGCGGGUAAUAUUACACGCAUACUCAAGACGAUUUCAAACGAAUGAGAUUUAAAUCAACACUGCUUUGAACUAGCUGUAUAGGAGUCGGACUAUAUUCAACAAGUGUAUUUGAACCACAGAAAGAGACAUCUAAUAUGUCGCCACUACCAAUUUCCAACAGAUCUAGUCUAAGAGCAGAUAUCACCUAUGAUAAAGAACCAGGACAAUUUUCACAGCUUCAGAGGGCGGACAAAGAAGCCAUCCUUUUCUAUUCUGAAUGGUCGUCCAGUCAAAGUCAGGAUGUGCCAAUUGAAUAUGUAAACUACUUGAUGGCUGCCUCGAAGAAUAAUUGCUUCGAUAUAACAGAUGAGAUUAUAAAGAAAAAGGUUAGAAAACUCCAGGAAAAGCAUGAUUCAAAUUCUACAGACAAUGAUCAGAUGUCACGUUUGCAAGGACUACUGCUUGAUAAUCUGAUAGAGGAUCCUAACCGUCAUCUCGAAACAUUAUAUUUAGAUGCAAGUAAAGAAAAUGAAAAAUUUGUGAAACUGCAUUCGUUUUUGAAUUCAGAAAUGGUACAAUUUUACAUGAAUGGAACAGAAUUUGAUGAAUCAGCAUUUAACAAAACAGCAGCCAUGCAUUGCUUAUACGGACGUCAAUAAAACAAGUUAUUGUCAAUUACGAUUGAAACUCUAUAUCGACUGAUGGUAUUUUUCAAAGAUUUGUCAAAAUUAAUGUUAUUAAAACAGACAUUGCUGUGAGGUGUCAGUUUUUGUGCUCAGUGUUUAUGUCUCACUGUGACUUUAAAGAACAGCAAUAAAAGCGCUAUUUCUUUA